CGCCCCUCCAGACCAGCCCCACUGCAGCAGCGAGCGCACUGUCCGGGAACUUCCCCACAGUUUGUUCCAGAGCCGAGCAGGACGGACCGGGUCCAGGACCUGCGGUGCCCGAACUGAGACUGGAGGAACUCGUUUCGUCUUCUGAGCUCCGCGGCUGCGCGUUGGGACGUCUUCUCUGCGGUUCUUCGAAUGACACGCGCACAGACGGACUGACUGACUGACUGACUGACUGAGGCGGGUCAUGUGUCGGACUGUGUAGAGUCCGGCUGUCACCAUGGACCCUCCCCUGCUGCUGAUGGUGGUGGUGGUGGUGGUGAUGGAGGUGAGCGGAGCAGCUCUCAGGCCGCAGACGUCUGGCAGCAGCAGAGUGACGCAGGCGUUUGGAGGAACGAGAAACAAACGCUACGCCAUCAACCCUCUGGGACACAAGUGGACUCACCACAACAUCACAUACAGGAUCAUAAAGUUUCCUAAUACUCUAAAUGUUGAGGACACCAGGAAGGCCAUCAGCAUCGCCUUCACCAAGUGGAGCGACGUGUCUCCGCUGACCUUCACCGAGGUGACCGACGGCAACGCCACUGCUGACAUCACCAUAGGUUUCUACACCUUUAACCACACCGACUGCUGGUGGUCUCCUCUCCACCCAUGUUUUGAUGGUCUGAACGGCGAGCUGGCUCACGCCUUCCUUCCGCCACGAGGAGAAAUCCACUUUGACAAUCACGAGUUCUGGAUCCUUGGCAAGUCCAGGUUCAGCUGGAAACAAGGCGUGUGGCUGAACGACCUGGUCCAGGUGGCGGCUCAUGAGAUCGGCCACGCCCUCGGCCUGUGGCACUCCAGAGAUCCUCAGGCUCUGAUGCAUCCCAACGCCACCUACACCGGACAGAGGAACAUCGCCCAGGACGACGUGUGGGGCAUCCAGAGACUCUACGGUUGUCUGGAUAAGAAGCGCGUCUGUGAUCCUUGGGCUCGACUCGGCUUCUGUGAGCGGAGGAAGACCUUCAUGAAGAAGAACUGUCCUCAGCGCUGUGACCUCUGCUACGAGCCUCUGGAAGCCGUUACCACACCAACACCACCUCCGGCAAAUGUCAAGAUCAAGAUGGUCCCCCGGGGGAAGGUGGUGGGUUUCCGCUGUGGAACCAAAAACCCUCGCUCGCCGCCCAAAGUCAGCUGGUAUAAAGACGGAGAGCAGAUCCUGACCUCCAUUCCUGGCUACAUCGUCAUGAAGGACAGAGACCUCCGCAUUGUCGCUAACGAGUUUAAUGAGGGAGUUUACACCUGCCGCAUCCACCGCCGAGGUGACAUCGUGUCCGCCAACUCCUGGGCCAUUCGGCUAAAGCCAGAAGAGCCGUCCAACAGCUGAGGACAUCGGCAGGGACGGAGUGACGCUGGGCAAAUCACUAAAUAAACUGAUGAGGAAACAAUGCUGGACUGGAUCUGUGGAGGUGCAGAAGAUCAUGUUUGAACAUGUUUGGACCUUUUUAGAGGUAGUUUGAUUCUCCACGUGUACACACGGUGUUUUGUGACUCCCAGCUGGACAUGUUUCAGCUGUCGCUGUAACAGAUCCUCGUGAAAGCAGACUUUGAAAGGAUUCAUAAACUCUGGGACCAGUAUGUUAAGUUGUGGCAGCUCUGUCUUACCAACAUGACCUCCAUGACAUCGUGUACCCAUAAUCCUGUAGGACCUCAUUUACCUGUAAAAAAUCGUCACAUACCUGUGUUGUUCUGGUAGAAUGUCCUGCUGACAACAUGACAGCUCCCCAAAGUGAAGCCAAAGCAUCUGCACUGCCCCCUGGUGGCUGGCUGCAACACAGCUCAUAAACCCCUCCCCCUUCAUGUUAGCGGACGGGACAUGGGCCAAACUAAAAACUCAAAGUACACAUCAAGUAAAUUUCUCAAAGAUGGUUCCUGUCAUUUUAGGUAGUUAUGAUCGUGUUGAUGUUCAAGCAUUAAUUUUUCUCAUAAGUCUGGUUUUAAUUAGUUAUUUGAUGCUAUAAAAAGGGGCUGAGACAUCAUGAUUGACAGCUGAGCACUGCUCCUGAUUGGCUGAGAUGGAUGUACCCAGACAUCACUCAUAUCUGGGAUGUUUUGGCUUCACUUUUGUACAGUGGGAAGAAGAGGAGAUGUGUUGACCAUCUUUGUAUAUGUCAAUGGGGUGUCAUGUACCCAUAAUCCAGUUUGAUGUGGAACUGUCAUGUACAAUAGUCUCUCAGGAGAGCAUGUCAUGAUGACCGUAUGUACCUUUGUUGUUGUGUAAGGUAGGCCUUUUUUAGUCCCGCACUGGGGAAAUUCACAUGUAUUAGUAAUGUUGUGGUGUGUGUGUUGUCAUGACAACAAUUUUAAAUUUAGUUUGAGUCUUACUGAAAAUAUUAAUUUGUUUAAAGUCACAUUUUACUCUUUUUGUUUAGUUUAAUUUUAGUCAGGAUUUAGUCGGUGACUUGCUGUCAUGUUCCUGCUAGUUGCUGUUGUUAUGGUAGAUAAAUGAGAUGCUUAGCUUUGACAGCGAUGUAACCCUUAACGUUUGACGGGUUUGAUUUCCACUCCACACUCCCACCUCCCAGGAGCAGCUGGGAGCUGAUUUUGGUCCAGUGAUCACAGUCGGAAUUGCAGGUCAUGUGAUGCCCACUGGACGCUAUAAAUAACAAAACCAUAAAUAAACUGAAUUGAACUGAA